AGGAUGUAAACCCUGCGACUGUGACCCUGAGGGCGCCCAGUCUGGUCAGUGUAAGGACGACGGACGCUGCGAGUGUCGUCCUGGCUUCGUGGGCGCUCGCUGCGACAUGUGCGAGGAGAACUACUUCUACAACCGCUCGGCUCCGGGCUGCCAGCAGUGUCCUUCCUGCUACAGUCUGGUCAGAGACAAGGUCAACCAGCAGAGGCAGAAACUUCACGACCUCCAGACCCUGAUUGAUAACCUGGGUUCGGGCCAGGAGACGGUGAGCGACAAGGCCUUCGAGGACCGGCUGAAGGAGGCGGAGCGAGCCAUCAUGGAGCUGCUGGAGGAGGCUCAGACCAGCAAAGACGUAGACCGCGGUCUGCUGGAUCGUCUCAACACCAUCAACAACACGCUGACGACGCAGUGGAACCGACUGCAAAACAUCCGCAACACAGUGGACGACACCGGAACCAAGGCCGACCAAGCCCGAAACCGGGUCCGAGACGCAGAGAACCUGAUCGACCGAGCGCGCCAGGAACUGGACAAGGCCCAGGAUGCCAUCAGGAAAGUGGACAUCAAACCCCCCAGUGGGACUGGAGACCCCAACAACAUGACUCUACUGGCUGAGGAGGCUCGCAAACUGGCCGACAAACACAAGAUGGAUGCCGACCAGAUUGAGAAGAUCGCGAAAGAUGCCAACGACACGUCGACCAAAGCAUACAACCUACUGCUGAAAACCCUGGACGGCGAAAUGAAGACGAGUCAGGAGAUUGACGAGCUCAACAGGAAGUACAACGAGGCCAAGGAACUAGCCAAGAACCUGGAGAGACAGGCCAAUAAGGUUCAGGCUGAAGCCGAGGAGGCAGAGAAAACGCUCUGAAGAUCUUCGCCAACCUGACCAGCCUGCCGCCGUUCGACACCAAGGCUCUGGAGGACGAAGCCAGUAAGAUCAAGAAGGAGGCAUCGGACCUGGACAAGCUGAUCGACAAGACAGAGAAGGAGUACAACGACCUGAGAGACGACCUGAAGAACAAAGAGCUGGAGGUCCGCAAGCUGCUGGACAAAGGCAAGAGUG